AUGCCGAAGAACAGCAAGGUGACACAGCGCGAGCAAAGCCAUGAGCACGUCACGGAGUCGGUGGCAGACCUGCUCGCACACGAGGAGCCGCUGGACUGCAAGAACAGCUCCCUUAAUGUGGGGCCAGCCGCCGGGAAGAAAGUACCCCAGAUAGAGGUGCCCGAAAACGAUGGACGCCCCGCCUGGAACAGCAAGCUGCAGUACAUCCUGGCCCAGGUGGGCUUCUCUGUGGGCCUUGGGAAUGUGUGGCGCUUCCCCUACCUGUGCCAAAAGAACGGAGGAGGUGCCUACCUGGUCCCCUACUUCAUCCUCCUCAUCAUCAUCGGCAUCCCGCUCUUCUUCCUGGAGCUGGCAGUGGGUCAGAAGAUCCGACGCGGAAGCAUUGGAGUGUGGAAUUAUGUGUGUCCACGUCUGGGGGGAAUUGGGGUGUCAAGUUUGAUGGUGUGUGGCUUUGUUGGCCUCUACUAUAAUGUCAUCAUCGGCUGGAGCAUCUUCUACUUUUUCCAGUCUUUCCAGUACCCGCUGCCGUGGAGUGAAUGCCCCAUUAGGAAGAACGGGAGCCUCGCUAUUGUGGAGCCGGAGUGCGACAAAAGUUCAGCCACCACCUACUUCUGGUACCGCCAGACCCUGAACACGACCAGCACCAUCGCGGAGAGCGGCGGCCUCAACGUGAAAAUGACCCUCUCUCUCCUGUUGGCCUGGAUCAUCGUCUGCAUGGCUGUCAUCAAAGGCAUCGCCUCCUCUGGGAAGGUGAUGUACUUCAGCUCUCUUUUCCCCUACGUGGUGCUUUUCUGUUUCCUGGUGAGGGGAUUAAUGCUGAAGGGAUCUGUGGAUGGCAUCGCCCACAUGUUUACUCCUAAGCUAGAGAAGAUGCUGGAGCCUCAGGUGUGGAGGGAGGCAGCCACCCAGGUCUUCUUCGCCCUGGGCUUGGGAUUCGGAGGAGUCAUAGCCUUCUCCAGCUACAACAAGAUCGACAACAACUGUCAUUUCGACGCGGUGCUUGUAUCCAUCAUCAACUUUGUUACUUCCAUCCUGGCCACACUGGUGGUGUUUGCCGUGCUGGGCUUCAAGGCCAACAUCAUGAACGAAAAGUGUGUCAUGGAGAAUGCAGAGAAGAUCCUCGGCUAUCUUAACACAAAUGUCCUGAGUCACGACCUCAUCCCGCCGCAUGUGAACUUCUCCCAUCUGACCACAUCGGACUAUGCAGAGAUGUAUGGGGUCAUCAAGACUGUGAAGGAAGGCAGCUUCUCCCAGCUGGGUCUGGACCCCUGUGUUUUAGAAGACGAGCUCAACAAGGCAGUCCAGGGUACGGGCUUGGCCUUCAUCGCCUUCACUGAGGCGAUGACCCAUUUCCCAGCCUCUCCCUUCUGGUCAGUCAUGUUCUUCUUCAUGCUGAUCAACCUGGGUCUGGGCAGCAUGAUAGGCACCAUGACGGGUAUCACCACGCCUGUCCUCGACACCUACAAGGUCCAGAGAGAGCUUUUCACAGUGGGAUGCUGCAUCGUAGCUUUUCUCUGUGGCCUGCUAUUCGUCCAGCGCUCAGGGAAUUACUUUGUCACCAUGUUUGAUGAUUACUCUGCUGGUCUACCCCUCACUGUGGUGGUGAUCCUGGAAAACAUCUCUGUUGCCUGGAUCUAUGGCACCAAGAGGUUCAUGCAGGAUCUGGAGGACAUGUUGGGUUUCCGGCCAUUUGUCUUCUAUUUCUUCAUGUGGAAGUAUGUUUCUCCCGUGUGCCUCAUCGUACUCAUCUCUGCCACUGUCAUAGAAAUGGCCAUCAGCCCCCCAGGGUACAACGCCUGGGUCGAAGAACUGGCUCAGGAGCGUUUCCAGAGCUACCCACCCUGGGCCCUGGCCAUGUGUUUUGCUCUCAUCGCAGUGGCCAUGCUGCCUCUCCCCAUCGUUUUCAUCACCCGUCACUUCAACCUGAUGUCCGACGGCUCCAACAAGUUGUCGGUCUCCUACCGCAAAACCAUGAUGAAGGACAUGUCCAACCUGGAGGAGCAGGAUGAGGGGCGAUUUAUCCUCGGCGCCAAGUCCAACGUGACCCCCCCAUCCCUGCCUGCACACAGAGCCUACCUUGCCCCAGGCGAAAAUAAGCCCACGGACCCCAACGCCCUGUCGUCGAACAGCUGCUACGGAACAGGAUACCAGAACGCCGCCAUCAGCCCCACCACCCCUGUUACCCCCGAGUCCGACUCAUGA